UGUGCAUUAAGGCUUCCGCUGCUUAUUAUCCGGCCGCUCCAAAUAACCACUUCCCCACACUCCCUCUCAAGCACACCUCCGAUCCCCGUCCGACGAGCAUGGCGGCGCCGGCGCCUUCGCAGGAAUCGAGCAACGACUUGAGCCCGCGACGCAAGACCGUGGUGCUGGUCAACGCCUACGAGAAGGAGGUGGUGCACAACCUCACAAAGCACGCACUCGGUUCGCGGAUUCCUUUGAUUGCAGGGUCUGCUAUUGUGGAUAUUGGAAAUUUUUCGAGGAUCAUUGUGACAUCUCUCUCUGUUGAGAGCAAUGUCUUCACUGAGCUGUUCAAGAGACUGCCAACUGUGGCAGUUGAUGCUGAUGAUACUAUCAUCACAAAGAUAAAGGAAAGGGUGGCGGCAGCACUGAAUGAUUCUGGUAAACCGAUGAUCCGUGAGCAGAACCGGCCUUUGGUGAUAGUUUGUUCCCCUUUUGGGAAAGGCAAUGGGUGUUUGGCUCCUAAGGUUGAUGUUUGGGCUGGUCCUGAAGAGUUGGAACUGACAUGGGGUCCAGAUAACAACUUUGAGUUUACUGUGAUGGACUUCAGGAAAACUCUUUCUCCAGGGCCAUUAAGGGGCAUGCCAUUAGUGACUUUUCUUGGCCAUUAUUAUCCGCUCACAGGCCGUGACAGCAGCGGUAAUAUCAUUGUUGACUCCACUGCCUGGAAUCACAUUGUCAGCGACAAGGGGCGCCUCGAAGACUUCAAGAUGUAUGCCACUCCCAGGAUGGCUAGGCUUUGCGACGGCACCAAUAAUUUCCCAAUUUUUGGGGUUGGCAAUCUGAAGACGGAGGCCAUCGACGUCCCUCAUGUCGAGUUCGCUCCGGAUCUGAAGGUGGAUUUUAUCUCUGUGCACCAGCUGGAUCGUGACCACAAUCUGACUUGCCGGUUCCACGGUAAGAAGAUGGAGAUCAGGAAGGACGACGACACGGUUGUUGGAGCUGGCGUCCGGGGGGACAAUGGAAUUUAUGUGCUCCAGCGUCUCCAGGUGCCUGCUGAGCCACAAAUGUAGGUGCAUCGUCCCAACCCAUUUCAGGAAAGGAAGAAGCUUCGGAAACUGAGACUUAUUGUGCCUUAUUGCAUAUACAAAGGCAUGAUUGUUAGGGGCAAAUCUAGCUUUGCCGCGUUGUUUGACAUGAUGUGUGUUAUUGGUCCACUGAUGUCUUUGUGUGGCACGGGCCGCACAAACGCUGGGAGGACGUAGUUGGUCGUCCCUGAAUGACCCGAUGGAAAUAAAAAGGGUGGCUGGCUCCAUGUGUAUUUUG